CAUACGACACGUAGAAAAGUACUGUUUUGUUAAAAAAAUAUUUGAAAAUUUUUGAAAUUCAACAUGACGUCCAACCAUAGGCCCUUGGAGGAAGGUGACAUCGAACUCAUUGAUCGCGUACGUGCCUCACCCUGUCUGUACGAUACAAAGGAUCCUAAUUUUCGUUUGAUCUACAAGAAAGAACAAGAAUGGCAGGCUGUAGCCGAUGGUCUGGCCAUGUCACAUUGGGAGGCUCGCAAGCGUUGGACUGUGUUAAGAGAUCGUUAUGCACGCGAACUGAAGCAGUUGAUUAUGCAUCCCGACAGUACGGAGUAUGGUAACAAUGAUUUUUUCCUUCGUAUGAACUUCAUAAGGAAUUAUGUUAAAAAGCGUGAGGUAAAACGAAAGCGCUGCAACUCCCAGGGCGUACAAAUUAAAGACGAGGAGAAGCCCAGACCGAUAAAACUAUAUAAAUUUGAUUCGGAUGGGAAUAAUUUCGAGUCGGAUGAUAAUCAAUUGUCGCAGACGACUGAAAAAAGCUACAUAAUUGAUGACAGUCAGGUGUUAACGACUGGCAAAUUUAGUUAUGUGGAACAGUUGUCACAGGACCAUAUUGAAGAGCAGCCUGAGAACUUAAAUCAAAUAGAAGAACAUUGUGGCGAACAUGAAUAUCAUGAUUAUGUGGAAGACACUUCUGCGGCUUAUGAAUCUGUAGAGGAGGAUCAUGAAAACUUAACCCAGGAUAACUCCAAUAGUUAUUUGCUUGCCCCUUCAGUCAGUAGUAGUUGUGGUAACAUUAUAGUUAAACCAGAAAGCCACAAAAUCGCUGAUGACUAUAGAAUUUCCAUAGAAGAUCAAAAAUUAUGCACACCGCCACAUUUACAACAGAGGCCUGUUAUACAAAACACCUGCAGAGAUACUACAUCGCCCAGCUUGCCAUCGGAUACAGAAGAGUAUUUCUCCAAGACGAUAGCUUUAUAUUUGAGACAACUUUCGCCACGUCACAAAAUCAAAGCUAAAGUGGAAAUGAUGCAGAUAAUUGAAAAGUUUAUAGAGUUAGAAGAAACAAAAUCCUAAAUGGAUGUAGAAAUAGUGAUAAUUUUUUUUAAGUUUACAACUUAGUUUUAAGACUGUACAUAAGAAAUUAUUUUAUAUAUGUAUUUCAAAGAAAAACAACAAAUAGUAUUAAAUACAAAAUUUAAUAUAUUAUUAAACAUAUAAACCAUCAACAUUAACAAAA